GCUUCUGUGAGGCUGCUGCCCUUACACCAAUUCCCUGUAUUCAUGGAAGGGUUUUUAUCUGAGGAAGGGCAGAGGCAGCGCUGCGGCAGCACAGCCUUCCGCGAGCCACAAAAAUGGUGGAAGGAACCAGGAAGCUCUGCCUUCACGCAUGAGUUGGGCGACUCUUCCAUCGCCGUAUCUCUACGCGCGUUUCUCCGCUCCCUUACUGCGCUCUCGCUUGUCCACCGCGUCCUAGAGCGGCUGCCCCACCACCCACGCCUCCGCUCUGGCCAAAAAGCCUCGGGCCUCUGUGGUGCGGGGCGCGCCAUGAGGUCGGUCAGCUACGUGCGGCGGGUGACGCUGGAGUUCGGCGGGAGCCUCUUCCCGCGCGCCGUGUGCCUGGGCGACGCCGACAACGACGCGGUAGGAGCGCGCGCGGGGCAGGCCCAAGCGCCGCCGCCGCCGCCGCCCCUCCUCAGCCCGGAGCCCCGCCAGCUCCAGUCGUGAGCGGCUCCUCAGUCUAAGCGGAGUGACUGAAGUGGGCAGAGAAAGUAAACAGCCGAGCGAGGCGAGAGCGGGGUUGGGAGGGAGCGGAGGAGGAGGCGCGCUGAGGAGCCUCCAGAACGGGCCGAGGGCUUCGUAAUGGGACGGGUUCAGACUGACACGCAGAGAAAGGGAAAAGAAUAAGAGCGCCUCAUCUGAAAUCCUAGGGAAAGUUAGAUGAGGUAUUACUGACACGAAUAGGAGUCGCCCAAAAUGCACCUGUUAUCCGAAUGAUUAAUAUACCAACUGAAUUUGUAAUUAGAAGUGUGUGUGUGUGUGUGUGUAUAUGUAUACAUACACACGCACUUUUAUAUAUGUAUAUAUAUAUAUAUAUAUAUAUAUAUAUACACACAUACACACACACACAUAUAUACACACACACACACACAUAUAUAUAUAUAUAUAUAUAUAUAUGUAUAUAUAUAUAUAUGAGAACCGCAGCAAUGUAAGAACUGGACAACAAACAAUGAUCAAGGAGCGCGGGAAACCACUUUGAUUACAUUGUAUAAAUUUGGAAUUAUUUUGAUUUUAAGUGGUAUCUACAAUUGGCAAAAAAUGUGGUAAUAUUGGGUAAACGUUGGGAAACGAAUAAAAAAGUAUUUUCAAAAAAGAAAGUAAACAGCCCCUCAGAGCGGCUUGUCCCAGAGUUUGAGGGAUGCCAAUGCUUUGCGUUUUCUUGUAAAACCUAAGGUAUCCUCCCUCAGGCUUCCUUCAGCCUGCAAUGCUAACAGCAGAUUAGUUGUGCUGCAGGACUUACAUAAACUCAGUGCCUGCAACUGGCAGUAUGAGAAUAGUCUUGAGGAGAGUACUUAUUAUUAUUACUGUAUAAUUAAUUAGAUUUAUAUACUGCCCUUCAUCACAAGAUCUCAGGGCGGUCCACAGGAUAAAAAUACAAGGUGAAACCACCAGUAAAUUGUUAAAACAAAAAAAAUACCCUUCCACAAACACAUUUAAAAGGCUGCAGAAUAUUAAUCAGCCGUAUUAAAAGAAAGAAAUACAAACACAAAUACAAUAUACAAAUUAACAUAUAACACUAACAAACAAUUUAAAACACUCCCACCAAUAAACAACCUGCACCCAAGUUAAAACCCAUUCCUUUAAAACUAUAAUUUGAUUACAAGGGUGCUGGCCCACACCCUCAUUCCACUCCCAAAGUGCCACCCCUAAAAGGACCAUUCUCUUUGCUGUUGCCGUUUCUUGGCAGCCCCACCAGGGCAGGCAGUUUCAGUAAACCUCAGACAGACCAGACUUAGGAAUACUGGCACCUAGUUUCUGCUUCUGCUGUUUAUUAGAAAGUGGUCAUGAAGUGGGGUCAUCCUAUGGAGAUCAUUUUGAUCACAAAAUUGGCUUGCAGGGAAAGGGUUCAUCGCCUUCUAUUUCAGCCCCAUUGUUCUUGUUUAUGUUAUAAAAUGCAAUAAAACUAUAUUAAAAACCAAAGGAGGGAAAUGCCUUCUUGUUAAUAUCAGUUCUUUUUCUUUCCAGCUAAAUGAGCUAGUGGUGGGAGACACUAGUGGAAAACUAUUCAUAUACAAGAGCGAUGAAAGCAAGCCUUGGAAUGUGCGCUUAUGUCAAGGAAUGGUAAGGAGAAAUAGAAGUUUAUAGUCCUCUGAAUUCUUCUACCUCUGGUGACCUUUGUGCAGUUUCUAAGUACCGUAUUUUUCGCUCUAUAGGACGCACUUUUACCCCUUCAAAAAUGAAGGGGAAAUGUGUGUGAGUCCUAUGGAGCGAAGAAGCCGUAGCCCCGCGACCCUCUCCCGGCUGGAGAGGUGACGCGCGGCUAUGGCAGGAGCCUCUUUAGCCGCACACCACAUCUCCAGCCGGGAGAGCGCGCGCGCGGCUAAAGCAGCCCCCCGUGACCCUCUCCCGGCUGGAGAGGUGACGCGCGACUAUGGCAGGAGCCUCUUUAGCCGCUCGUCACCUCUCCAGCCGGGAGAGCGCGCGCACGGCUAAAGCAGCCCCCCGCGACCCUCUCCCAACUGGAGAGGUGACGCGCGACUAUGGCAGGAGCCUCUUUAGCCGCGCACCACCUCUCCAGCCGGGAGAGCGCGCGCAUGGCCAAAGCAGCCCCCCGCGACCCUCUCCCGGCUGGAGAGGUGACGCGCGACUAUGGCAGGAGCCUCUCCGCUGCGCGCCUUUCCCUGCUCCCCGACUUGCUCUUUGGGCCUGGUGGUGGGCUUCCCCCUGCCAGCCCCAAAGAGCGGGUCGAAAGGAACCUGAAGCCUGGAGAGCGAGAGGGGUCGGUGUGCGCCUGAAGGCGACUGAACGCACCUUAAACGGCACCUUGUUUUAGAGGGGGAAAACGAGGGGGACAAUUCUCCCCCUCUCUGCGCAGCGCCUCCUGCCGCUUCGCUGAAGGGGCGCUGGGCAGAGAGGGGGAGAUUUUUUUUUUCUUGUUUUCCCCCCUCUAAAACAAGGUGCGUCCUAUUGUCCGGUGCGUCCUAUAGAGCGAAAAAUACGGUAGAUGCCAUACAUAGGCUGAUAGAUAGAAUCAAAGAAUUUUUGAGAGUUGCAAGGGACCCUAAGGAUCAUCUAGUCCAGCCUCCUGCAAUGCAGGAAUCAUAGCUAAACAAUCCCUUGCAGAUGGUCAUCUAACCUGUUUAAAAUCCUCUAAUGAAAGAGAGUCCACCACACUUGAGGCAGUCCACAGACACCAACAAACUCAAGUCCAGCUUUUUUCAGAUUAAAGUUCUGAAUUACCACAACAGUUUAUAGCGAUUUUAUCUAACUCCUUUUUCCUGGUUCCCCCCCCUCUCGCUAGUUCAUAGGGCAUGUUACAAAGCUAUUAUCGUCACUCAAAAGAAACCAAACAAUUUCUGCCAAGGUUGUGUGAAUAAAGGUUUCAGAAAGUCAUCUCUUGGAUUUCUAUAUAAGGGGCAGGCUAACAGAUAAUGUGUGAUGUCUCCCUCCUGAAAUUGACCACAAAUACAAUGACUGACUGCAUAUGGUGGGCAUGACUUGGAGACACAGCCCAAAAAUAGCAUUUUUAAAGGAAACUGGUGAGAGUUUGGUCACAUAACUAGUCCCAAAAUGCUUUGUUCUCAAGAGUGGAUACCAAGGGAAACAUUUGGUGUUUCUAAUUAGUGUUAGAUCCCUUCCGGAUCCUAUUCAGAACAGUCAGUCUCUUAGUUGACACUUAUUCAAGAUAAAAGCAGGGCUCAGCUCUGGAAAAUAAUAGUUCAAAACAUAUUUCCAGAGUAGGCAUAGGCAUUGAUGCUGCCUCUCUACUCAUAAUUAGACAGGUAUUUACACCGUAAACCAUUUCCUAAAUCUAGAGAAGCUCCUAAAAUGGUUUGAAUUCCUGCUUGCCGUUCAGAUUCUGUUUUCAUUAUUCCACUGGGUUUCUUCACUGCCCAGUUAUGAAUGACCACCUGUAGAACAACUGGGGACCUCUUUCUAGAAGAGUCAUCAUAGGAAUUUGGACUUUCCCUCUCAUUCACUACCUUUCCAAGUGUUUUUUAUUAAUCCAUCAUUUGCUGCCUUUCCCUCUCAUCUGCGCUGUAGAGCAGGAAACUUGGAGUGCCAAACUGAAGCCUCCAGAGUCCAUUGAAAGACAUGAGAUUGGGGCUUGAAUGAUUAGAUUAGGUGAUGGGCCGAGAACAAUUCAUUGGAAGGUAGCAAGUGAUUUAUCAGCAUAUUUAUCCACCAUCAGUAGCCGUGGGUCUGAAGGGGUUAAGUUGAGUAUGGAAAGUGACUCCUCCAAGGCCAUCUCUUGAGCAUUCAUAUUGGUGUAAAAACAGGUUUCUCAGUUCAAGUUUCAAUCUUGAUAGAUGCCAUUUAAUUGUUUUGUUACUGGAUCUGAUAGGGACUUAGCAAACUCCAGCCUGUCUCCAUUUUGAUGUACCUUCAGACCAUCCCUAACUUGAGUUUAGGAAGGUUUUUGACAAAGUCCCCCUUGAUAUUCUUGCAGAGAAAUGCUGGUUAGACAGUGUUACCAUUAGGUGGAUUUGUAGCUGAUUGACUGACUGUCCCAAAGAGGAUUUCCAGGUAAAAAUGGCAGAGAGUAAGGCCGCUUGUCCUUGAGCUCCAUUAGAAUUUAGUGCUUAUAGUUUUAUUUAUUUGCAUUUAUUAUCUGUCUUUACCCCCUUUCCCUUCUUGUUAGUUAAGGAUUUUUAAACUGAAAAGUGUUAUACUUAUUUUUUAAAAAUUCUUUCUUUCUUCCAGCUUACUUGUGUUGGUGUUGGGGAUGUAUGUAAUAAAGGAAAGGUAAAAAAAUAUUCACAGCUUGUAUUUAUGUGCUAUUUCUUUGCUGAUAUACUACUAAAUAACCUCAAACUCUUCCUGCAAUUCUGGGAGAGAAGAAGGAUAAUGAGUUCCUCAACAUUGGGCUCAAACAUUGAACAAGUCGGCCUCUGUCAAAUGGCAAGAAAAGUGAUAUAUUUCAUAUUGUUGUGAAAAUGUUGGGAAUAAACACUGAAAUCUUAUGUACAUUUCCAUAGAAAUACAGUAUUGGGAAUUACUUCCCCAUAACAAUGCUGAACCUUAGAAUGAGACUGAAAUAAGGGUUGCAUAUUGAUGAUAAUUAAUUUAUAGCCCACCUUUUUCCCUGACAGGGACUCAAGGUGACACAGAAAAUAAGAACAGCUAAAAGCAAAGAAAAAUCCCAACCAUUAAAACACACACACACACACACACACACACACACAGCCAUGAGAUUUGUUAAAAACAUAAUUACAAUAAGAACAGCACAGCAACAACCUCUUCAUUAAAAACAAUCAGUUCUGUUGGGGAUUUGAUAUAAGAUACACACACAGUGGAAGUGUUCACAGUACCAGUCACCACACAAAAACAGAGCAAGGUUCAAAUCUUUUACUAUUGUAGAAGUACCGUAUUUUUCGCUCUAUAGGACGCACUCUUUCGCCUCCAAAAAUUAAAGGGAAAUGUGUGUGCGUCCUAUGUAGUGAAUGCAGGAUCCUUGGCUUCAGCAAUAGCAAAGCACUGAGGGAGCGCUCCCUUCACGCUCCGCAGGCUUCGGGUUCCUUUUGCUGAAGCUGGGAGAGCGCAGCGCGAGUUCCCGCUACGCUUCGCAGGCUUUGGGUUCCUUUCGCUGAAGCCGGGAGAGUCUUGCUCUCCUGGCUUCAGCAAAAGGAACCCGAAGCCUGCAGAGCACAGCGGGAACUCGUGCUGCGCUCCACAGGCUUCAGGGAUAGCCAGACUCUCCUGGCUUCAGCAGAGAGGGAGAGCUGCGCAGCGCCCCUUCAGCCAAGCAGGAGGAGAAAUGGAAGGGGCUCCCUUUCUCCUGCCACUUUGCUGAAAGGGCGCUGAGCAGAGAGGGGGAGAAUUUAUUUUUUCUUGUUCUCCCCCUCUAAAACAAGGUGUGUCCUAUGGUCCGGUGCGUCCUAUAGAGCGAAAAAUACGGUAAUAUGUUCAGCAAAUAGCUCUGGACAAAGCUAUACAUGGAAAAGUUGGAGGCUUUUCAGAUACAGAUAUUUACUGAUACAUACAGAUAUAGAAUAUCACUGUUGCUCUAACCCACACCCACUAAACAAGACAGACUGAACAGUACAACUAGAUGACAUACAUCAGUCACAGAUAAAGUCAGGGCUCUGAGCCGUUACUACAGCAACUGGCUCAUUUGACCUUGCAUCUAUGAUUACCUCACCCAAAGGGUGAUUUAUUCUCAUGAAAGGGAUUAGCUCCUUCCAACGUCCAGCUACUCACAACAGUUCUCAGAAGGCUGUUGGAAUAAGAAGGUCUUCAGUUGGCCUUCGGUUGAAGGCCAACAAGAAGGGAGCCAAUUAACUUCUCUAGGGAGGGAGUUCUAAGGUCUGGGAGCAGCCAAAGCAGAUACGGCAUUAUAUAAAUAACAAGGCACUUUAGAAGAUGAGUGCCGUUCUUGAGGGUCUUAUAAUUUAGAAAAUAGACACAAAGGAGUUGGCCCAGAAAGGGGGGAGAAAUGUAGGCAGGGUAGAAAAAGGGGAAAAGGCAAUUAUGUCAGUUAAAUUAAUUGCAGUAGGGAAUGGGGAUGAGGAAGCUGUUCCAGUGGUGGAGUUAGAGGGGGAACUUGGAGGAAGUGAGAGGUGAGGCAGUUUGAAGCAUAGGGAAGAAAGGAUGGGGUGGUGGUGCGGGAGCAGGAGAGCUUUGGAUGACUGAGUGUGUUGGAGCAGAAUGAGCAGCCCUGUGGUUUUAAGGGCAGAUUAUAAUUUUUUUAUGAAACAAGAGACUACUAAAGCAUAGGCAAAAUUCUAUACAUGCUUUGUCACUGAUAAACUUGGAAGGGAAUUGUGUAUAGUAAAUAUGCAAUAAAUAUUUUCCGCUUUAAUGAUGACUGUUUUAUGUUUUCAUUUUGUGUCUUUUUAUAUUGCUGUUUUACUGGUUCUAGGUUGUGUUUUUGUUAUUUUUAGACUGUACACUUCUUGGAGAUACUUAAAAUAUUAAGUGGUAUGUUAAUGCCUGUGAAUGAAUACAUAAAUAAGCACUAUUACCUGGAAGGUUGAAACUUAAAGCCUGUCCACAAUUAGGUCUUGCUGUUGCUCUGCCGCCUAAUUUGAUGUUGCCUUUUUAUUUUUUGAUUGUAUUUUAACAUUUUUAUUGUAAGCAGUCCAGAGAACUCCAGUUAUGGGGUGUCAUUAAAAAUUAUUAAUAAAUUUGUUCUCUGUCACUGUCAGUGGGGUUGCCCAAUCCCUUUUUAAUGCAUGGAGCUUAUCGUUAUGAGUGUCAGUUGCCUCAUUGCUCAUGCUAUCCUCUCUUUCUUACCACCUCUUACUUAUCCAUACAUUUCUCUGUCAGAAUGUGGUUGUUGCUGUGAGUGCUGAAGGGUGGUUUCAUCUCUUUGAUCUCACUCCGUCCACCAAGCACCUUGAUGCCUCAGGCCACCAUGAACUCCCAACAGCAGAAGACCAGAAGCUUGGAUUCAAGCAGCACAUUCCUGCCAACACCAAAGUUAUGCUGAUUAGUGACAUUGGUGAGCAAUGGCAACAUGCAGUACAAGGGCUUCAUAGAGCAUAGGAAAUUCAGUGUGAGUGGGUGGGAAAAGUGACACAAGCCAAUGAGGAAGCAGAAGAAAAACCCCCAAAGAACUUCUCUGUCUUUCUGAAGUCGUGAGUGUUCUUCUGCAACUUGAGACAGAGAAAGAACAUAAGACCAAAUCUCAGCCAGCAGAAAUAAUAAUGCAAAUUAAGCACUUGUACUAGGGGUUUUUAAGGAAAGAUUUAUUUUAUUUUUAGUUGAAAUGGCAGUGAGGGCUCCCCCCCCCCACCAGUGUUGCAGUCAUGAUCAGACCAUCCCUUAAAACUAGAAAAGUUUGACUGUGGCUCCCCAGUGUUUUAAACUGUUAGAGAGGUCCUUCAGCUCAUUUAUGAGUAAAUCAUAGAUAGCUAAGAUGCUAUGGUUUAGGCCUGUAAGAUUUAAGGAGCAGAUUUCAUGAAAGUGGCUGGUAUUCAGCAGCUGAGUGAGAGCUAUCCACCUACUGGUGAGUUGUUGGUGUCUACCCUUUAAAAGGUACCAAAGGAGAAAACAGCAGGAUCUCAUUUCCCACUCCCACCUUUUAUUUUCUCGGUCUCUCUCCACCCCACCCCCCUUAUCCACAUAUGCACAUUGCGGCGUUCUGCCAACACACAAACCUUAAGCUGUAUUUUGCUUUCUGCAGAUGGAGAUGGGAAGAGUGAAUUGGUGGUGGGAUAUACAGACCGUGUGGUGCGAGCCUUUCGCUGGGAAGACACAUCUGAGAGUUCAGAGAAUAUCACGGGACAGUUGGUGCUACUCAAAAAGUGGUUGCUGGAGGGACAGGUAGGCUUUUGAAAAUCAGUUUUAUCCAAGAGUGCCUUUGCCCAGGAAGGGGCCAUUUACAAUUGGCCUAUAGUUCAAGUCUUUAGGAUCUAAUGAGGCUUUCUUAAGGAAUGGGCUCCUGCCUCUUUCAGACACCUUGGGACCAUCCUUUUAGAAAAGCAUUCAUUACCUCCUUGGUCCAGUGCUGUGGAGGGAGUAGAAACCAGACUGGACAGGACUGGAGGAGAGAGAGUUGAGAGAGCAGGUGUGAGCAGCAUGCUGCAGGAGUUGGAAGCUGAAAGGUAGCAAGAAGGGAAAUGGGGUGGUACUUGGAGAAGAAAGAUGGGUUAUGGGGUGGCUUUUUUGAAAAUAGGGGAGACAGUGACAUGUUUAAAUGCAUGGUAGUCAGCUCAUUCAGCAAAGGCAAGUGGUGGUUUAACCAGUUACUUGGGUUCCAUUUCCUCUCUCUUGGCUAAAAUAGGUGGAUAGCCUAUCUGUAAAUCCAGGCUCAGACUGUUCUCCUGAGAUGAUGGUGUCCCAGCCUGGGUGUGGUUAUGCAGUCUUACUGUGUACUUGGAAAACAGAGCAGCAGUCUCCGACAGAGAGGAUAGACAGUUCAGCAGCUAGCAGGUGAGACUACUGGAAUCCAAUGGGGCAGAGCAAGACAGUCUAACCAUCUCUAUUUAUAUUAUGGAGCUGCAGGAACACCUUCAUGAUUAAAAUGGCUUGGAGCAGUAUCCAGCUAAACAGUUCUGCUAAUGCAAGCACUUUGGACUGCACAGGGGAACUUCCUCUCCCCUGCUCUCCCCACAUUUCCCCUCAGUUAUGUUCUGGAUUCCUCCCAACUUUCUGGAACAGAUCGGGGAAGGCAUGCAGGGAGAGGAGGGGGCGGGAAGUUGUGUAGUGCAUAUUUUUUUAAAAAAAUAUAUGCUUGAGCUAACAGAACUGUUUAGCUGAAUGCCUCCUUUGGGUUUAUUUAGUGUUCUGUUACAAAGCCUGAACAUUUUUUUUGCCAUCAAAAUCAUGACUAUAUGGCUAUGUAUUAUUCAGUCAGUUAGAAGUUUGAUAGGAAUAUCUACUUCUGGGGAUUCCCCUGUUUCACUUUUUACGAGUGUUUGCCAAACUAAAUAAACUUUCCAUAUUGCUGUGUUUUAAAUUUAAGCAUGGGACCCAGGUGCGAGAAUUUUGGAAGCGGAAGGAAUAAAAUGGUAGGCAACGUUAGGCCCAGACAGACAUCAGUUGGCCAUAAUUACUGGCAUAGUUACUGAUAGCACCCACCAUGCUAGGAGAGACAUACAUAGGACCAUGUCUCCUUAUAGCAUACCAGGAGGUGAGGUUAGCCAGGGAGCGAGGUACUGUGCCUCCAACGUUAUUCAUGUCCAUCUUCAUUCCAUGGAGCCAUGAAGCUACAAGUGAAUCCUCGCAGGAAACACCAGGCAGCUUGGUAUUCCAGAAGGAGCAUUUCUGUGCGGUGGCAAUGAACGAGGAGGUGUUUUAUUCCUGCUUGGCCAGCCAGUCUGGAGAGUGGAAGAUGACAAUUCUCCCGACAAGGAUCUACAUGUGACCCUGCACGUCCAGUCAGAGGAGAGGAGGCAUCCCAGUGUUAAGGCUGUCCUCCAGGAGACUGGGAAUAGAAAUUCACAAUACAGUGGUACCUCGGGUUACAUACGCUUCAGGUUACAGACGCUUCAGGUUACAGACUCCGCUAACCCAGAAAUAGUACCUCAGGUUAAGAACUUUGCUUCAGGAUGAGAACAGAAAUCAUGCGGCGGCGGCACGGCGGCAGCAGGAGGCCCCAUUAGCUAAAGUGGUGCUUCAGGUUAAGUUUCAGGUUAAGAACGGACCUCCGGAACGAAUUAAGUACUUAACCUGAGGUACCACUUUAAGAAUUUCCUUUCAUUCCAGGAUGAUGAGGAACCAUUUGUGAGCACUCAUUGGGUUUGGUCAGUCAACUAGCUACAAAUCCACCUAACAGUUACUUCGUCUAACCCACAUUUUACCAGCUUCUUCGCAAGAAGAUCAUGGGGGACUUUGUCAAAAGCCUUACUGAAAUCAAGAUACUCUAAAUCCACAGCAUUCCUCGGAUCCACCAAGCUUGUAACUCUGUCAAAAAAAGAAAAGAAAGGAGAUUCAUCUGACAUAACUUGUUUUUGAGAAACCCAUGCUGGGUCUUAGUAAUCACAGCAUCCUUUUCUAAGUUCUCACAGACUGACUGUUUAAUUAUCUGUUCUAGGACCUUUCCUGGUAUCAAUGUCAGGCUGACUGGUUGGUAGUUAUCUGGGUCUUCUUUUUCCCCUUUUUGAAGAAGGGGACAACAUUUGCCUGCUUCCAGUCUGCAGGAACGCCACCAUUUCUCCAAGAAUUCUCAAAGAUUAUAGACAGAGACUUUGAGAUUACAUCCAUAAGCUCCAUUAGUACCUUGGGUUAACAAAGAUAUAAGCAUCAGAACAGGUGGCAUAAUGUUUUAGGGGUCUUCGCCUGCUGAUGCAGUGAAGAAGUAGAGGGCAGCUUGGAGCUGCUUAUUCUCAAUGCUUUUUCAAAGCUCAGUGAUAGAUGAACAUCAGCACAAAAGUUUGCUAACCUAGCACUUAUAUUUUGGGGAUUUGGUAGAAAGAAGGUUAUCAUACCUGUAACCCAGGGAAAGAAUUCUGUGUCUCUGCUAAGACUUGCCACUCAUCCACUUUAAAUGUUAUUUCUGUUUACCCAACUACCCCUUUACAGAUAUGCAGGAGAUCCACAUUUUGACAAGAGUCACUUAACAACAUCAAAUCUAGUUAAGAGUAUGAGACUCCAAGAUGUUACUGCUAUCACAACCAGAUAUCCCUUCAGGCUUUGCUUUAUUCUAGGGAAGCUCCAGUUCGGGAUGUCAUUCUCCAUCAGACAUCAGGUAGAAUUCACAACAAGAAUGUUUCCACUCACCUCAUUGGCAGCAUUGGCAGAGGUAAGUGGAAGAAAUUCUGGCCUUGGUAAAAAUGAGGAAAUAGAGUGGAUUUGUGUGGAGAAGAGUUCAAGGCUGCAUGGUCUAGUUAGGUUCCAUCUUUGCACCUAAGGCAGGUUGCUCACCUAGAACUUUUCUGUGCAGCUGCUGUUCCUCUAUCCAAACCUGCUCUCACACAGACAUACUUUUGUUCUACUGGAUUCUCAUUCUAACCCCUGCACAGUUGCAGCCUCAUUCCUCCUGUGACUAGCACUCCUUCUCCUCUCAACUUUGGCCCAGUGAAGUCAGCAUGUCACAGGGUGAAAACGGAUUGUAGAGAGGCUGACUUAAAAUUUACAUAGCACUCUUGAAAUGUUCAGAGCACUUCACUUACAGUAUUUUGCUUCCACCACAUCUUUUACUCAAUCUAAACAACUAAUGUAGCACCUUCCUCAAUUAGUUUUCAUAAGUGGGUAGAAAGAGGCUCCUGUUUCCUCAGAGAUGGGGUAGAGUGGGGGAUUUUCCAGGCUUUCGACUCAGUAAAAAUACAAGAGUUCUAUCAUACAUUUUCUGCUUUGUAAUUUUGAGGGAUGAAAACACUUAGAGAGGCAGUAAUCGAAACAAAAUGCUUCACUCGAAGGUCUGGCUCUGCUGCUUUCCCAACUUGGGUUCUGUCUUUGCAGGGACUUCCAAGAAGCACGCUGGCUCAGGUCUGUUUGCACUCUGCACCUUGGAUGGUAAGCGCUCUUGCUUUCCUAGAAAGGAAUCUCUACAAAGGAUUUGGGACCUGAGCUGAAAUAGCUUUCAUGGUUAAGAAACUUCAAAUUAGCAAUCAACCCCAAAACAGAAACUGUCUCAAAACAUUUUAAUUCUGGAGACUACUUAAGGUACUUCCAGAUUAUCACUAUUUUGCAGGAGAGUACAUGCCAGAAAUCUUGAUUUGCACAAUUUAAGUAGGUUAAAGGGCUCUGUUGCCCUAAUGCAACAAAUUAAUUAAAAAGAACAGGAAAGUGAUGGAGAAAUGCAUUGGAAAGUGUGGAAUAAACAAAUGAUUAACAAGAAGACAUGUAAAUAUCCCACAAACAAAACAGAAUGAUUUCUCAUUGUUGUGCAAGCACCCCAUAAACAAAUUGGAACGAACGUUCAAUAAAGACUGGAGAUAGUCUAACCACUAUAUAAGCUUCAUACAAGCAAAUCAGAGUGAAAGCCAGAUAAAUAGCUUGUCUGAAGGAGCCCUUAGAAAUAUUUCCUCUAGUGCAGGGGUCAGCAAACCUUUUCAGCAGGAGGCCAGUCCACUGUCCCUCAGACCUUGUGGGGGGCCAGGCUGUAUUUUGAAAAUAAUAAUCAUGAAUGAAUUCCUAUGCCCCACAAAUAACCCAGAGAUCCAUUUUAAAUAAAAGGACACAUUCUACUCAUGUAAAAACACCCUGAUUCCCAGACCAUCCGUGGGCUGGAUUUAGAAGGCGAUUGGGCCAGAUCCGGCCCCCGGGCCUUAGUUUGCCUACCCAUGCUCUAGUGCAACCAUCACAUCCAGGAAUAUUAGAAGGAAUAUAGACUGAAAAACUUAACAUCCCAGUUUGGAAGACAGCAUUUAAUUUCUAUCUAGCGUUUUAAUUUAUUUUGUCAAAGCUAUCUUGCACAUGCCAUACCGCUUAGAAUGAUUCUAUUGUGUGCAUUUUGAAAACUGUCAUCUUGGCUCACUGUUACUCUGAAAUAACAGCUAUGUUACUAAGGAAGGUUGAAGUCAAUUUGCUUCAAUUGUUUCAUCAUUCACAUGUCACAGUUAUCCUGCUUGAAGAUGAAGGAAAGAGAAUGGAUACAAUCUUGAGGCAACUGAAGAAUGCUCUGGAAAUAAAAGGCAAUGCCUAUGUAGCAUUAUUGCCUCAUUCUAGGUCAGGGGUGAGGAACCUUUUUCAGCCUGAAAGCUGCAUUGCCUCAUCAAUAAUCUAGGGGCCAGAGGCAAAAGCAGGUGGCGUGACAGGUGUUGUUAUAGGAACAAAAGUCCAAAACGCUGUCCCUCCCCGGCCAAUGACGAGGGACAAAGGGUAGAAAGGUAGAAAAGUUUAUUUCUAAGCAAAGGAUGCGCAAAACUUUUAUACAAUUGUAGCAAACACACAAACCACAGAAAUGUGUGAUCUCUUACAUUACUAUUGGCUUGGAAAGUGCAUGGACAAAGCAUGCUUAAGUCAGGUAUUUUUCUUCUUGGCUACAGGACAGUUUAUUAUUGACCCUUGAUUGAUCUCAGACCAGGCUAGGCAUAGCUGACCUUGCAGUUGCAACUGUAGGCAGAUCUUGUUGUCUAAGCAACUGUGGAACUGAGGAACUUUGUUUCUUUAUACUCACAGAGGUGGUAGCUUAGGCACUCUGAACAGUGAUGCUUAAUGAAUGUCUUAACACUUCAGCCCCUCCUGAUCUUCCCCUCAGGUAGACUGAACCUUGUCUAUCUAGGCAGUCCCUAACUGACAGCCACUUCACAAUCUGUUCACUCUAACAGAGAGCCACUAUCUAGAUUGCUCAGACAGAAAGUCCCUAGUUUAACCUAGGUCCUUGUCUAACCCACAGACAAUCCCUGGCUCCCCUCUCUGAGACAGCCCUUACUCAUCACUAUCUGACUGUUAACUGUCAGCUUUCAACUUAAAUUCCACCCUCUCUUUCUCUCAUGAUUAGCUGAUCUGCUCGCCAACCCCCACGGGUUGUUAGAUCACAAGGAGGCAGACCGAAGGCCUGUCCCUCAUAGACUGCUGUAGUUGUGGUAUCUAAAUCAGAAUGGAUGUGAGUGUUCUUAUCAGAAAAAUGUAUUGCAGAUUGGUCACAGUGAUCUACUGAAGGUUUACCUGGGCCAGAUUAUAAAAGGCCACUCAUCGCUUUGGAAAGCUGGCUGACAUUGUGCAGAAGUACACUUUGUAUAGAAUAGGUGUUCUGUCAUGAGCUCAACACCUGUGAUUGGUUGAAGGCAUCACAAGUCUUCUACAACCUGUGUUCUAGCCUUUUACCCAACUGUUUCCUUGCCUCUAUAGAUGAAUGAUUUCUAUGUUUUGGGUGAGGGUGCCCAGGUGAUCUUCCAUUUUCAGAGAGAGACAGAGGCCCAACAAGACCACCAGCCGUAUUGGGGAGGGGGGGAGGACAUCCAUUUGAGACUUAAGUAAAUCAUAAUGAUCUCCAAGGCAAACUAAACAUGAAAUCAAGUUCAUGUCAAGCCAAAUAUACUGAAAGACAUUGGAAUGGGAAUCUACUGCACCCAAAAUAAUGUUUCUAAUAUAAACUCUGUGGCACAGCAUAGGGAUGGAAGGAAAUUGUUGUCUUUUAUGCUAGUUUAGAACUCUGCUUAACUUUCUCUUUCCCCUGUAGGGACACUGAAACUGAUGGAGGGAGCUGACAAGCUACUGUGGUCAGUACAGGUUGACCACCAACUUUUUGCUCUAGAAAAACUGGAUGUUACUGUGAGUUCUGUUCUAGCUUGCAAUAACCAGGUCAUUUGCUUUUAGUAGUACAAAGUCAGACAAAUUCUCCAGGUUCACACUAUUGGCAUACCUCCUUUGGAGGAGAGAUUGCCACCACCCCUGCCAACGUAGGAAGAGCUUAUUUGAUCAGGUCAAUGUCCCAUCUGCUCCAACACCCUGUUCUCACAGGGGGACACCUGCAAGCAGGACCUGAGCACAAGAGGACUCUCCCCUCUUGUGGUUUCCAGCAACUGGGAUUCAGAAGCACUGCUGCCUCUGACUGUGGGACAGAGCACUGCCUCCAUCAUGUCUAGUAGCCAUUGAUAGACCUCCUCCAUGAUUUGUCUAAUCCUCUUUUAAAGCCAUCAUCGCAUCCUGUGGGAGAGAGUUUCAUACUUGAACUAUGAACUGUGUGAAGAAGUACUUUCUUUUAUUUAUGCUAAAUCUUUCAAUAUUGAAUUUCAUUAUAUGUCCACAGGUUCUAGUGUGAUGAGAGAGAGAAACUUUAUCUGCUUUAUCUACUGCUGUUCAUAAUUUUAUAAACCUCUGUCAUGUCACCUCCUACUUGUCUUUUCUCUAAACUAAAAAGUCCCAAAUGCUGCAACUUUUCCUCAUAGGGGACUUGGUCCAUCCUCUUCAUCACCACUAGAUGAGGUCCAUGAGUGGUACUAUGAAAUUAAUAUCUUUUUGUCCUGACAUGAAUCAUUUUGCACAUUUUGUAGUGAUUUGACUUCCUUUGUUUUACUAAUCCCAGUUUGUUUGACAACACCUACAACUCACCCAGAUUCCUGGGCACCACUCAAGAUUUAAGUUCAGGGUUUCUGCACCUCUGGUUGAUUCUAUGACACAAUCACUUAGGUAUCUAAUAAAUGUGCCUCUUUUUCAUGACUGGAACUCAUAUGUCUAUGUGAGAGUAGCUGAAGUCAUCCAUUACUACAAUUCCUCUUUUGGAUGCUUCCUUGAAUUCGUUCUUCCUCUCAGUAUGUCCUUGAGCAAUUUGAUCAGGGCAACAACAGAAUGUCCUCAGUACUAAAUUAUUUUUUGGGCCCAAUAUCACACCUGUGGAGGGGUCUGCAUUUUGUGGGAUUUCUAGCUUGUUGGACUCAAUGCCCUCUUUGACGUGCAGAGUGACACCACCUCUGGUAGGUCCUUCUAUGUCCUUCCUAUAAAGUUUAUAUCCAGAGAGAUAACUCUGUCCCACUGGUUCUCUUUGUUCCACCAGGUUUGUGUCAAGCCCACUAUAUCUAUGCUGUCCCCUAAGACCAAGCACCCCAGUUCUCCCAUCUUGGCUCAGAGGCUUCUGGCAUUAAACACAUGUAUACAGUCUCUCUCUUCAAGUGUCUUUGGCAGUUUUGUUUUGACUUGUGGUGUUUUGGCCUCUCUGACUUACUAUCCUGUGCCCCUGUGCUCAUGUCUAGAUCUAAGCCCUUUUAAAUUUUCACCGAUUUCAUAAUUUUAACCCCAGAGGUGGGAUUUGUUGCAAAUUGGACCCACUCAGCUGCCAGCUUUCUGGCUCCCACUUCGUUUUUCUUGCUACAUUCAGGGGAGAAGGAAGCAAGAUUGUUAUUAGGUGAAUGAGCAUCAGAGGCAGUUGUAUUGUUCUAAAGAAGAUGGUGCAAAGGAAGGUUGAAAGGAGGUAUUUUAGCAACUUGUACCUGGAGAACUUGUCUGAACAAGUAAUGCUUACAGGAAACAGAGAUUUCUGUUAUUCUGAUGGCUUGUGAGAAGACGAAUGUCUAAACUGAGAUUCUAUAUUCAUUUGUUUAUGAAUCUUACGUACCAAUUUUCCUUCAGAAAGUUCAGAGCAUCUUCAUAAAGCUCCAAGGAAUGACUCAUACACUCACUGAACAAGCUGAGUUACUUAGUUUUAACACUGUUAACAGCACAGUGUACUUCUGAAUCCAUUCCUUGGGCUCCUGUAAACUUUAGCCAGCAAAAGAGCUGGUUACAUGAAUAUCUGGUGUUGACCCAGGGAGCUAUAAAGUUGACUGUUCUAUUUCCACUCCCCAUAAUGUUUUGCGGCCACUAUAUCCUUUGGGAAUCUAUUUUUCUCUCAUGAACAACCCUGAGAUCUUAUGAUGAAGGGCGGUAUAUAAGCCUAAUAUAUAAAAAAACCAGGAAUCUAGACUGGCUAUAUUCAUUAGGCUAGUUUCUUGUCUUGUUGCAUCAACCUCCUUUAUCUAAUGUUAGUGACAAGCUGGGGCCAGAUGAAAACAUGUAUGAGCAUUGCUCACAGAGGUUGAUGGGAUUUCUACCUACCACAGGGAACUUCUGCUAAUCAGAAAAUUUUGAACCCUUAGGGAAAUGGCCAUGAGGAGGUGAUUGCCUGCGCUUGGGAUGGACAGACGUACAUCAUAGACCACGGCCGCACUGUAGCUAGGUUCCAAGUAGAUGAAAAUGUGAGUGCCUUCUGUGCAGGUGAGCUGCUUUCCUAUCAGCAGAUCCACAGGCGUGGGAAAUUACUGAUUAUCGUAUGUGAUAAAGUGUUCCUACCCCAUUGGUAGAGCACUUUUUUCCUACAGAAGGUCCCAGCUUCAUUCCCUAUCAUCUCCAGUGAAGGGGUCUCAGGUAGUAGGACUUGGAAAGACCACUAAGACUUUGGGGAGUCACUGCAAGGUAGAGUAGACAUUACUGGGCUAGAUGAAUCAAUAGCCUGACUCGCUAUUAGGCAGCUUCGUAUUUUCAUGAGAAAAGCUUUCUGCUGGACUCUUCUACUUUCAGUCAGGUAGACAUAGCUCAGUGAUAGAGUUUCACAUCCAGCUUUCAUAAGAACAUAAGAAGAGCCCCUUUGGAUCAGACUAAAAGCCUAUCUAGUCCAGCACUGGCUUCUCUCAGUGGCCAACCAGAUACCUAUGGGGAGCCCACUACAGGAGCUCAGCAGCACUCUCCCUAGUUCAGCCUCUCGUAUUCCUUGUUAAAAAGGAUCUCCAGAGUUAGGAGGACUGAAAAGACACCUUCCAAGACCUUUGAGAGCUACUGCCAGUGAAAAUAGACAGUUGUAGGCUAGAUGAAUGCAAACUUCCAUCUAUGUGCCCAUUAGGCCUGGCAGAGCAUCCUAAUUUGUCCUGUGAGGCUUUUCCCCUUGCACUCUUUUUCUUCUUGUAGUUGUUAGACUGCUCCAUUUAGCAUAGCCAAGGGUCAGGCAUGACAGAAACUGUAGUCUAGCAAGGUCUCAGGACCUAAGGUUGGGAAAGACUGCUAUAGAUGAAAGGAAGGGAAUUUAUCUAGGGGUCUUAGUAGACCACAAGCUUAACAAGAGUCAUCCAUGUGAUACAGCAGCAAAAAAAUACAAUGCUAUUCUAGGCUACAUCAACAGAAGUAUGGUGUCCAGAUCAAGGGAGGUAAUGGUCCCACUCUAUUCUGCCUUGGUCAGACCACACCUGGAAUACCGUGUCCAAUUCUGGGCACCACAAUUUAAGAAGGAUGUUGACAAGCUGGAACGUGUGCAGAGGAAGGGAACCAAGAUGACCCAGGGUCUGGAAACCAAGCCUAACAAGGAACGAUUGAGGGAGUUGGGUAUGUUUAGCCUGGAAAAGAGGAGACUGAGAGGAGAUAGGAAUAGCCAUCUUCAAAUAUCUAAAGGGCUGUCCCAUGAAAAAUGGGCAAGCUUGUUUUCUUGUGCUCCAGAGGGUAGGGCCCAAAGCAAUGGAUUCAUGUUACAAGAAAGGAAGUUGGGAUGGAGAGGAUUUCAUUAUCUAAGAAGUGAUGCUCUAGAUUAGAUCUGCUGGAGAUAUGGAAUAUGCAAAAGGCUCUUCUGUAUCUCCUGCAGAUCUACCAUGAAGCCAGAGCCAAGGUGAAUACAUUGCUGGCAAGGCAUUUUUCAGCCAGACUGACACCAAAUAAUAUGAUCCUUCAACUCACAAGGAGAAUAAUCAAAUAAUGAAACACUGCUAAAUAAGUUUAUGAACACUCUACACAUCAAACACAGGCAUUUUGCUGUCUGCUAUUCAAGACUUAAUUAGGGAGUGUGGUGCAGUGGCAGGGUUUAAAAUAAAUUGUGGUAAAUCUGAACCAAAUAAUUAACUUUAAUGGAAAUCAACAUAUUAAGGCAUUGUAGAGGUUUAAAUCUGUGAAGUGCUUUUAGAGGCAUGUGGACAUGCACUUCACUGCAUCUCACACAAACCUCCUUAAUGAGAAUUAUGGGGAAUUGUUUGACUCAGUAAAAAGAGCUCUUAAGGUUUGGAGAGUGCUGAAUCUUAGCUGGGUGGUGCCUCAUCUCACUAAUGCGCUUCUGGAGUUCCCUCUCCUUUGAUGGCUCCUUUCACUUCUCUAGGUCUCUAUGCCUGCAAAGGAGGCUGCAAUAGCCCUUGUCUGGUAUACGUCAGUUUCAACCAAAAGAUCUACAUCUAUUGGGAUGUGCAGUUGGAGAGAAUGGAAUCUACCAGUUUGCUGAAGAUACUAGAGAGUAACUCUGAAUACAAAGAUCUCCUACUCCAGCUGGGUGUGGGUAUGUCCCAAGCCUCAUAUAACUUGAAGAUGGUGAAAGUGUUCCUUGUAAUAAAUAGGACAGAAAGAGAUGAAAGAAAGGGAAAAGAACCAAUAGCAGCAAAUUUAGAAUUGUACCCUAAAAUUACAAAAUUCUAUGAUUAUAUUUAUUCAAAGCAUUUAAAACACGUAUUAGUAACUCCCCCCCCUCCUGCUGUUUACAGACAUUUCAGUAUUUUUCAAAACCAGGCUAGUGGGCUAAAUUAACAAAGCAGACUGCAUAUGUAUUAUUAGUUCCCUGGUUGAAUAUUGAGCCAUCUACAUAUGGGUUAUGUUCCACUAGUCACCCAAGGCAGGGACAAAUGACUAUUAGGGUUAAUUAGGCUUCCUCAUUCCAAUUUUGGUCCCUGUCUUCAUCCGUUGUAGACAUGUCUCUUCCUCUAUCCUCCAUUCUGCCUUGGGCUCAGGGUGUUAUGUGUAGGUACAGAUUCAGAAGUUCUAGAGAUGGACAUGGAUUUGGAGAAGAGCCAUAGCACUGUGGUAGAACAUGCUUUGCAUGCAGAAUGUCCCUAAUUCAGUCCCUGGCAUCUCCAGGUGGGACUGGGAAUGGCCACUAUCUGAAGCACUGGAGAGCUGCUGCCAAUCAGUGCAGACAUUACUGGUCUGACUCUAGGCAGCUUCCUAGGUUUCGUCCCCUGAAAACAGGAACGCCUCUUUCUUCUAAACUGAGGACAGGUGUUGUCUGUACACUUAAAAACAUUUCUCUGCAGCUGAAAUAAAUGAAGCACAAUAAUUGCCUUGCUGGGAGCUCAGCAGUCUUUUUGUGAUACCAGUGAGCCAGAUGCCUCUAGGAAUUGAUGAAGCAGGGCACAAGGAAAUAGCUUUCCCCUGCUUUUUGUUCCAAACAUCUGGUUAUUCAGAGAACGUUGCCUCUGUGCACAGAUUUCAUGGGCAGCAAUCUAUGAAAUACCAAUUUUCCAUGAAGCUUUUAGAAAUGGAUGCCAAGACUGUUACUGAGCACACGGUGACCAUCAUAUCAUAGAACCAAUAUUGUGAAUAGAUUGAGCAUGCAUUUGGAUGUCCAGCAAAGAUCAGUGCUUGAAUUUGUUCACAAAAUAAAUUCUAGAUCAGUUGGCUGCAAAAAAGCCAGCUCUUGGAUGCAAGAUAAUCUUGUGAAUACAGCCUGAGAUUCCCACAAACCAAUGCCAUACUUCUGAAGGGCAGAAUAUGAAUUACAAGAGGUAAUUCCUACAUUCAUUUUUAUAUGUUAUUAUGUUGAUAGGAGAACCAGUCACAUACUGAUUCUUAAGUACCUUGCUAAGCCUCCAGUACUUCUCAUCAGUAUGUCUCUCUCUUUCUCUUUCUUUCAUAGCUGGAGAUGAUGUUUCUGCAGUCAAAGAUUUGAUUCGCAAGACACUCUACUUUCCAGAGGAGCAGCUAAAUAGCCCUUCUCAGUUCAUACCCACAGCUAGAUCCUCUUCCAGGUGCUAUCCUAUUUCCCAAGAAACCUUAUGAGCUGAUGACAUAUACUCACACAGUGAACAGCUCUUCUUCUCAUUCUGCUACCCCUCAUUUGUGCAAAUUAAGCACUGUUAAGAACCAGGACUCUGAAUGAAGGGGUUGGAGUAGCAGAAUGAAUCUUCAAGUGAAGCUGCUGACUGAAGUCAGCAUAAUAGGAAAUGCCCUUUUCAAUUUGUCUCAAGGUCCUCAUUUCUGUUGUUACUUUCUCAUCAGUCACUUUAUCUGCUGAAAACUUUAAUAAAGGUAAUUUUAAAAGAUCCAGGGG